AUGUUAAACGAAUUUAUUAUAAGCAAUUCAGUAUCAAAAUUUCGCUCAGAACAAGUCUUGGCUGGUAUAAAAUUAUCUUAUCGGUGUUCGUCCUACAAAAAAUAUCCUGAUUGCGAUUUUCAAGUACAAGCAAUUAUCAACAGUUCGCAACAAAUAAUUGUUAGUACAUCAAGCACUCACAAUCAUGAUAAUCGCUUACAAUCGACACGCGUACCAUCACCUGUUCGUAAGAUUGUUCAACGAGCCGUGGUAGCUAAAUUAACUCAAUCGCAAGUUCGUUUAGCUAUACAAAAUGAGCAACCUCAACAAGUAUCUCCUGCUCAAAUAUCUAGUUUAUUAAACUAUUAUCAUUCGUUGACUCGUCCAUCUAUUUAUUCUGUCGACGAUCUUCGUUCAUGGUGUCAUCGACGAUCAUUAACCUUGUUAUAUAAAUAG